AUGUCUGCAACUCCUGCAUCCACUUCUGGCACUCUGAAUGCUGGAAGCCAUUACCAACCCCUGAAGCUGAGCCUUGCAACUAUUGACUUUUACUCCGCUUCACAGAAUAUUGUGUCAGUGGUUCCGGUCCCUGUCGCUUAUAUCCUUAAGUUGUAUUCCACGCUAACCUGGAACAUGGUUCCGGACAACGUCUUUUCAUUCCACCUCCUUUCAUUUCAUGAUGAGCCAAUUGCAGGACAUCCGUCCCGGAUUGUGUUCGCAUAUACAUGUCCAUGGUGGAUGGGAAACACCACAAUCCCUGAUCAACCAUGGCAGUGGGGUGAAAUAAUGGCUUCCUGCAUCUCUCACUACCAGUAUUGGGCGCUUAAUGUUGAGGAUGAUGCUUUGGUUCUUCCAGAGAAGUUGAAAAACACUUCGACUCCACCACUUAUGGGACUGAGGUUCAUUAAAGAACACAUGGAAGCAUUGAUGGAGGAGCAAGAUCAGGGCAUCAAAGCCAAGAUGGGAGAGGUGAAGAUGUACACUGACAUGUUAGAGAAAUUGAGGAAAGGCAAAGGAGUGUAG